AUGGAAGGAGCCCAGCCUGCUAUCACGGCGGCCGCCAGGGCGGCAGCACAAAAAUUCAACCGCUGUCUAUGGCUUGUUCCAGCGUUGGUCACACUUAUUGUUGGCGACUUAAUCCUUUUCCUCAGUCGCGACAAGCACCCCAAGGAGCACCGCCCUCCAUCCAAACUCUUGUUCGUCAUGUUUGUUAACCUGGUUGCGUUGGCCUAUGGUUCAUUCCUCGUGUUAGCAGCUUGGAAAUCCCCUUUGAACCCCAGAAGCCUACCCCGUGGUUGCCGCUGCAUUCUCGAUAUUGUGUUCAUCCUGGUGUGCUUUGCCCUGUCUCUGUUCAUGAAGGAUGGGUGGUACCUUGGCAUGGUCUUUAUCGGCCUCAUUCAUCUGAUUUGCGCUUCGAACGUAAUCGGGAUGUUCGACAACAUCGGGGCGUUCGAUUGCCUGACGUCUGUCCUCAUCUCCGGCACUUUCGAGCUCGCGAAAGACGUGAAGGUGGCUGCGGUUUUCAUUAUCCUGGCCAUGACCACAGUUCUUAUGGUGGCUAAGCAUGCCAACGAGUACCGACGCCUUAGGGCUCGGCAGAAAGGGACUGUAAGGGCGAAUAAUGCGGCGGCCGCACGAGCAGCAGCGAGGCAGCCCUCAUCUGGCCUGUCUUCAUUAAGGACAAAAUUCGAAAGUGUUUGGUUUCCGUUUGUUGAAGAGAUCUGGGCUUGCUUUUGUUGGGACGGUCCGAAUGAUGGUCCUGCCGGAGGAGGCGGUAGCAGAGGAGGCGGCAGUCAGCUCGUCGGAGGACGCGGCAGCCAGCCCGCCAGAGGACGUGGUAGCAGAGGAGGCGGCAGCCAGCUCGUCGGAGGACGCGGCAGCCAGCCCGCCAGAGGACGCGGUAGCAGAGGAGGCGGCAGCCAGCUCGUCGGAGGACGUGGCAGCCAGCCCGCCAGAGGACGUGGUAGCAGAGGAGGCGGCAGCCAGCUCGUCGGAGGACGCGGCAGCCAUCCCGUCGGAGGACGCGGCAGCCAGAACCAGCCCGAAUUGGGCAACGAACAGCCCGAACUGCACAAUGACCUGCCCGAAUUGGGCAACGUCAACCAGCUGCCCGAAGGAGGCAACAACCUGCAGGUCGUCAUUGACAUUCGCGGAGAAGGUGCUGACAACCAGCUGCCGGAAGGAGGAAGCAACGACCAGGUCGCCGCUAACAUUGGCGGAGAAGGUGCUGACAACCAGCUGCCGGAAGGAGGAAGCAACGACCAGAUGCCGUUUUUCUUCCAUGCAUUGAGAUAUUUGAAUUCUCACGUGCCAUAUUGGUCAAGUGUGGAGUUUCUCUUUGUCUUGCAUGUGCAUGAUGACGUGGAAAGUGAGUCUGACGUGGACUGCCACCAAUCCUUUUAA